CACUUUCGAGGUUACAAAAUUCAAACACACUCAAUCUAUUUUCGGACAAUUUGUAAAUUUCGGCCCCCCCAAAAUUGCCAAGUGUCAUUGACUCUGCUCUCUCAACGACGAUCCAACGACGGUAGAAGUGGUAGUAGUAGUAUUCGGAAAUGUGCGAAUCGAACAAAGACCGGCCGAAGAGAUGCCCAACAUUAAGAGAGAGAGAAAAACGGUUGGUACGAGACAUAUGCGUACUCGGGAAACUUAUAGCAGGAGAUUGUGAAAAGGAAAGCAAGAAAAAGUGCAAAAAAGAGAAAAGAAGGCAGUCGUCGCCGGAGGGAGCGUGCGGUGGCGAGCAGCGGAACCGGCCACCGUGGAACGAUGCCACCUAUACCAUCGGACGGCGCCGCGGCGACAAGCACAACGCACGCAUUCAGGCCGAAAGCAUCGACAGCGACAGCGAGGAUGCGCGAGCCGGCUGCAGUCGAGAUACACCGCGCAGGUCAAAGUGCUGCAGGCCUCGGCGUACGUGCCCCGAAAGACGGAAGGACUCCUCGCCGCCGUGCUGUCGCCAGCGGCAACCAUCGCCUUGCCGUCGCCAGCGGCAACCAUCGCCUUGCCAUCGCCAGCGGCAACCAUCGCCUUGCCAUCGCCAACGGCAACGAUCGCCUUGCUGUCGCCAACGGCAACCAUCGCCUUGCUGUCGCCAGCGGCAACCAUCGCCUUGCAGGAAAAAGCCGUGCUGUAAGAAGCCCGACAAGGAAGAGUUAUCUUUUAUAGAAUCGGAUGAAGAAACACCAUGCGAUGAGACCGAGCGCCGGAACCGUGCCAUCGUGGACUACAAUAAUCGAAAACAGAACGAGGAGCAGGCGACUGGCCGGCAGCAGCGACUACAACCCUCUGAAAAAGAGCAGCGACGAGUCGCUGCUCUCUUGGAAAAAGGUAAACAAGAGCCCGAGGGGCCUCGACGACGACGAUCGAAGACCAAGAAACCGUCGUCGUCGAGAUGAGAGAGAGAGAGAAGAAAUAUGUAUA